AUGGUCCUUCAUUUUUUGGCAACAGUCGCCAAAUUACUUGUUUCUGAAGCGGCAGAACGACCUCUGCUGAUGGUCGAGGACAGGUUCGAGCGGAAGGGUAAAUGGAAACAUGCACAGCGACUCCGCCGCAAACACUAUGAGUGGAACCGCGACCCCCGGGAUAACGAGAUGACAGAGGAUCUUAUUAGGACGGAUCAUCGAAUACCUCACGCCGCAUUGCAAGCCGAGCCAAGCCCUAGUAAUGCUUCUUCCGCCGAAGCUAUGUCUCCGAAGCCCGCCACAGAAGAACGGUGUGCAGACGAGCAUGAAAAGAAGGUCUGGUAUGAAGAGCGGCAGAAAGCUGGCACCUCUCUGAAUGGCAGCGAAAUCAUUGUGCCGCCAUGGGAGGAUGUUGUGGUCGUGAUUGCGGCUGCUGUGAGAGAUCUCGAUGCCUCGACCCCCUCGAAAUCGGCAAAGAUGAUCUUGGAAGCAACAUUCAUUGCGUCAUAA